AUGACCAGAAACUCCCAAGAAGGAGGCCAAUACGGCUAUGGUGGCAAUCCAAGCUACGGGAACCCUUCGUCUGGCGAGAGCAGCGGAUACAACUACCAGCAGCUUCCGGGACAAGGAUAUGGAGGCUACAGUAAUCAGGGCGCUGCACAGUCGUAUUAUGGCUCCAACGACCAACAACCUCAGCAGUAUCCACCGGGGCAACAGCAUAACCCAUACCAAGGAGGUUCUCAGCAGCAGCAGCCGCCACCUUACCCCGAUCAGCAACAGUACGGCGGCCAGCCUCCCCAGCAACAAAGCUAUGGCACCGGCUACGGUCAAGAUUACACUCCACCACCUCAGCACUUCAUGCAGCAACAAAGUAGCGAAGUGGACACCUUCCGCUCGCACUUCGACCAGCCCAACGCCCCACCAAAUGCCUCCAGCCACUACGGCGAUCCCACCCCGCCAGGCGCAGAAGGUGACCGCGGCGUCAUGGGCGCCCUGGCAGGCGGAGCGGCAGGUGCCUGGGGAGGCCACAAAGUCAACCACGGCAUCGUCGGAGGUCUAGGCGGCGCCGUAGCCGGGAGCAUGCUGGAGAACGCGUACAAAAAGCACAACAACAACAACAACAACAAGAAAGACAAGGAACAUGGCGGCAAUUUCCGUGCUUCCGCGCACGACGUCCACAUCGAAGGGCGCAGUAUGCUCGUUGCCGAAUGUCGUGAUGCGCACGGGCACAAGCAACGCUCUGCGCUGGAUCUGAAUGACUGCUUGACCAACAAUGGCGGGCGAUUCGAGUGGCUUCGCGGCGGGAAUUUUGCUGCUUCGGCGCAGCAUGUCCGACUCUCGCAUGAUGAGAAUGUGCUCGAGGCGGAACUGGGGGAUGGGAGGGGAGGGUGGCAGCAUCGGGAGAUCAAUCUGAAUGAGAGGAUUGGGAGUGAUAAUGGGAGGUUGUAUUUUACGGGUUGA